CGAAUCCAUCAUGUCGAAGAAAACCGCGACGAAGGAAGUAGAGGAGGUGGUGCGCGUUGGCCCCACGCUCAAGGAGGGCGAGCAGGUGUUCGGUGUGGCCCACAUCUUCGCCUCGUUCAACGACACGUUCGUGCACGUGACCGACCUGUCGGGCCGCGAGACGAUCGUGCGUGUGACGGGCGGAAUGAAGGUGAAGGCUGACCGUGAUGAGGCCUCGCCCUACGCCGCCAUGCUUGCCGCCCAGGACGUGGCCGCCAAGUGCAAGGAGGUCGGCGUCACCGCUCUGCACAUCAAGAUCCGCGCUACGGGCGGCAACCGGACCAAGACCCCGGGCCCCGGCGCGCAGUCGGCCCUUCGUGCGCUUGCUCGCAAUGGCCUGAAGAUCGGACGUAUUGAGGACGUCACCCCCAUCCCGACGGACAGCACCCGCCGAAAGGGUGGUCGCCGUGGUCGCCGUCUUUAGACAGACGGAGUCGACCAGGGCGCACUGUCUUCGGAUGGUGGACUCGUUCUCAAGACUUGCUCGCUUGCUGGUGGACGGCUGGGGCGUCCGCUUCUGGGCUGGGAAGUGCAGGCGGCGCCCCGCUGCAGUCUCCACCGCGGGCUCCGAGUUCUGCUGGCGCCGCUGCUUACUGCUGGCUAGAUAGACUAACCACAUGUCUGUAAUGGAACCACGCCUGCUGACUCGGAAA